AUGCCCGUCAACGCUGCCUCUGGUGCUUCUUGCACCAUCAAUCUCCGCCAACGAGCAUCAGCCAAGCCCAGGCGAUACAUCUCAGUCCCUUGGCAAGAAUACAACCAUGAAACGACCGUCGACCCGAUGACGGGGGCUAUCCAAGAAAUUGUGACGAUCGAAUCCCCACCAGCCAGCCGAUUCGAAAUCGUCUUCGACAUCAAACCGUCAGCUUACUCGUUGAUCUGUCGCCCUGACUCGACCGCAACCACCGGUUCUCAAUCCCCGUUCCCAGAGGAGGAAGAGGAGGACCACGUUUGCAACAUCUACUUGGACGGGAUUGCUGUUGGUACGCACCACCGGCACAAAUUGUCGUCAGACGUUCCAAAACGGAGAGACAAGAUCUUCUCAGAUGAAACAACUAGGUACAGAUGGCUCGAAUUCGCGAACGUCAAACUGGUUGAUCUGAAUGACUGCUCUUUAAAAGUGGUUGAUCCGGCAGACAAGAUCUGUGAAGAUGAAGACGUGAUCAAGUCACUCGGAACGAUACGAAUUGAUAUCUUUAGAUCGACUCUAGUCUACGCGCGUAGACCGCGACCCCCAAAAUACCCUGGUCCGCCUCUUGUAACCACUAAUCAAAUGAAAUUCUCGGAGCGUUCUAUAAAAAAUUGUCUCUCUACUACUGCUGGCUUAUCUCAACAAUCAAUAAUCAACCAUACACCUAGUGAUUUGACCAUCGUUAUCAAGGAAAUCGAGCCAAAUCCUUUCCUUCAAUUUAUUUUCAAAUACAAACCGCGAUCGGUCCUGGAAGCAGAGGGAACUAUUGAACGGCCAACGAUUGAAGUAGAAGUGGACCGCAAACAUGAAGAGAAAUCCAACGAACAGACUGAAAAUGAGAAUAAACCGGAUCAAGUUGAGGAUGAUCAAUUUGUUCGCGAAAUGUUAGAGCUUUCGAUCUACAAGACGGAUCUAAUAGCGUCGAUCACUGAUCUUGCCCUCCAGACCCUCAUAUAUAUCAUUUCUCUUUUGACCAACCUACACACUUACCCUAAGUACUCCCCAGCCCCUUCACUAUUGUGGAGAAUAAUAUCAUUUCAGGUCGUGCUGCUCCAUGUCCAAGCUUGUUUUACUGCUUCAUCAGCCUCCUCAGUUUACAUAUCUCCCUCGAUCCUUUCCCAUGUAUCUCUGUUCCUGUUGCAGGCAGAUCUUUCUAUCACCACUGGAUCUCGAUUGAUUAGCUGGGAGAGGCAUGAUAAGUUUUGA